CUCUGUCCCGGUCCUUUGGGUCACUCCAGUGUCACAGGAGCCUCUGUGUCCCUGCCCUUUGGGUCACUGCAGUGUCACAGGAUCACCUCUGUCCCUGUCCUUUGGGCCACUGCAGUGUCACAGGAUCUCCUCUGUCCCUGAUGAGGGAUCCAGGCCCAGGGCAGGGUCCGGGUGGGAUCACUUGGAAAAGCAAAGGCUCCCCUGGGAUCCCCCUGCAGCCAUGGGGGGAGGAUUUAACCCAGGUUCUCGUUUUCCCCUCGGUGUCAAAGCCAAUAAUCAAUGAUGAAAGCACCAGGAAAGGCUGGAGCAGAUCCAGGGGUUGGGCAGGUCUGUAGGAAUUGGAUCCUCAAUCCAGCCUUCAGUCCUGGGGCAGCUGCUGCCCAGCCCGGUCAGAUCCUGCUGCAUCCAUGGAGAUCUUACCCAGUUCUAACAUUCCAAGGUUUUUCCUCAUACUUUUCCAUGGAUUUCCUUGUGUUUGUCACCAGCCCCGGGGUUUGUGCACCUGAGUCAGGAGCAGGAGGUUCCCUUCAGCGAUGGUUGGUGACAGUUUGGGGUCAUCCCUGGCUGUGCUCAGCCAGCAGCAGCUCCUGGGGGCUGGGGAACCGCUGGGAUUGCAGAAUUCCCUGGAAUUAGGGCAGAGUUAUCCCAGGGUCUGUUUGGUUGGAGGCAGCUCGUUCUGAGAGAUGCAUUAAUUCUGAUAAUUGCAUUAAUUCUGAUAAAUACAGUUGAUUUUGAUAAAUGCAUUAAUUCUGAUAAAUGCAUUAAUUUUGGAUCCAUUUCAGUUUGAUAAAUGCGUUAAUUUUGAUAACAGCACUCUGUGUGCCUGGGAACAGCCUGGCUGUGGCUGGGUGGGAAGCAGAAGGUGAGGGAAGGCACAGCCUCUCCUUCUCCUGGGUUGUGUGGGAUUGGAUCCAUAGGAUCUGAUCCAAGCUGUGCUUUUCCUGCCCUGGAUGGUGGUGUGGGAGAUCAGGACCUUGCCAGGCUGGGUUCCCAGUGGGACCAGGGGAUCCUUGGGAUCCUUGGUCCAGCAAUGCCAGCGUUGUCCAGACAUCCCAGGGCUCUGGAGCCGUGCCCAUCCCUGGGGAGCUGUUCCAGUGCCCUUCCCACCUUUCCUGAUAUCCCUCCCAGAUCCAGCUGUUCCUGUGUCCAUCCUCUUCGAGGUGUUCUCACCUCUUCCCCUGCUGUCCUGGCAGGAGGGAAGUGUUUGUUCCUGCUUUGGCACAUUGGGAAUGUUUUCCUCUCCAGACAAGUGUCUCUACCACAUUCCAUAGGGAUAAAACUCCCCCAACCUGCCUUUGCCUGCCUGCCCUUCUCCAGGGCUGACUGCACUGUGGCAAAGAGAGGAAAUCCUGGAAAAUCCUGGAAAUCCCAGGGGAAGCUGUGGGAGGGCAGGAGCGGUGCCACAGCUGGGACUGGAGCUGCUCCAGGCUGGGCUCCAGUGGGAAUCACCACCUGGAGCCUUCCCAGUGUCCUCAGCUCUCCCAGACCACUCUGCCCACAGUGGGAAUAUCCAUUUCUUACCACCUUCCUUAAUGAGUCCAGGGAAAUCAGGAACAUUCUGGAGUCACUCUGUGGGCUGUGACUCUCCAAGCACUUCCCCCAAGCCUGCACCAAACCCCAUUCCUGUUGCUGUAGGAACAGGUUUUCCUUCCCCUUGUGCCCCUGGAAUCCCCACAGAGAUCUCAAAUUCUCCUUGGGGAUGCUCAGGAACUCAGGUUUUCCUUCCCCUUAUCCCUGGAAUCCACAGAGAGAUCUUGAACUCUCCUUGGAGCUGCUCAGGAACUCAGGUUUUCCUUCCCCUUGCUCCUGGAAUUCACAGAGAUCUCAAAUUCUCCUUGGAGCUGCUCAGGAACUCAGGUUUUCCUUCCCCUUGUUCCUGGAAUCCAGAUGUUGGUCUUUUGUCCUUGGAGCUGCCCAAGGCCUCUGUGGAUUCUGUGGAAUCCAGAUGUUGCAGUCCAGGAAAUCCUCCAGAUGUUCCACCCUCCGUGAGCCCCAUCCCAGCUGCUCCAGUCCAGGAGAUGCAGCUCAGGAAUCGCUCUCAGCUCCCCAGUGUGGAUCCAGCUGCCCAGGGGGGUUUGGGAUCCCAUCCCUGGGGAUUCAGGGGACAACAGGACAUCCCACACAAACUCCUUGUUGUGUCACCCCUGGGGAGUCAGGGGACAGCAGGACAUCCCACACAAACUCCUUGUUGUGUCACCCCUGGGGAGUCAGGGGACAACAGGACAACUCUUUGUUGUGUCACCCUUGGGUCUGGCCCUGGUCCAGCUCCAGGGAAUGCAGAGAAAUUCCCAAGCCCCUGUGUGUGCUCAGGUAACUCUGGAAUCCUCCUGCCCUGGAAACUUCAGGGGUUGGGCUUCAGAAGUUUCUCUUUCAGCCAUGGAAAUGUCAAAGCUUUUUGUGUGGGAAGCGACAUUCCUGGGAAUGCAGCUCCAUCCCUGUGUCUCUCCAAGGUGUAUUUUGGUGCUUCUGAGCAGCUUGUGAGCUCUGGAGGAAAGGGAAUGUUUGGAUCUCAUUAUUCCUCAUUUUUAUGUUGUUUUUUUUUCAAGAGAAGUGCUCCAGAAAUAGAACCUCAGUCUCCAGUCUCUAUCACAUGUCCAAUUAUCCAGCUGGGAUUAUUUCAUUCCAUGAAAGCUCCCCUGGAGCCAGUGACAGGAUUCCAGCUCAGCCAUCUCCAGCUUUCCUCCUUUUGGUGGAGGUUUGCUCUGGGAGAGAGGGAGAAGGAAUUGUUCUGGAUGGAAACUGGGAGGAAAAUCAUUCCUGGGGCAGCUCAUCCUCCUCUGCCUUGGGAGCCAAAAAACGGGAUCUGCACAGAAAUCCCUUCUCUAGCUGGAAAUCUGGAUGGGUUUAUUCCAAAGGAGAGAUUGGGAGGGUUUGUUCUGCAGUUCUCCUUUUCCAGGAUUUGAGCUUUGCUUGUCCCUCAGGUGGCACCUCCUGGAGCACCUUCAGCAUGUUUGGAUUCUGGACAUCCCAUCCCUGGGGUUUUUCCUCCAUGGGGUUUUAGGAUCUGCCCCUAAAUCCAGGAUUUUCUGGGUGCCCCAGAAGCCUGAGGGGCAGAGCAAGGUCCAUGUCCCAGCAGUGGCAGUGGGAAUUGCAGUUUGGGAACUCCCAGACUGGAUUUGCAGCAGGAGUUGGGAAUUCCUCCCUGGAGGAGCUGCUCUGGUGUGUCCUGUUGCUCUGGGACCUGCCUGUGCCCGCUGUUCUUAUUCCCAGUUCAUUGCCAGUUCUCAUUCCCAACGGGAU